AUGGAAAUAUUUAUAAAAAACAAUAUAGUUCUCUCAGAUUCAUUGAGCACACCCCAAAAUCUAAAUAAUACAACUGACACGUCAGACAUAGCAAAGCUAAUAAAACAUAAAAUAAGUCGAUCAAAAAGUAGAAGAAUCAAUAUAUCUCUAAUCUGGAUUUCUGGACACAGCAACAUUGAAGAGAGGGAGAAGGCAAAACAAGAAGCCAAGAAAGCAGUAAAAUCCUCAGAACCCCAAAACUUGAUAAAACAACUUGUGCAGAUUUAA